ACGUCGCCUGGAAGCUGACGUUGCCGUGACAACGCGGCGCGUGACGGGACAGCGCGCGAGGCGCGUGCCAAUUUGUUAAUUGAUGGGGUUAUCGGCGAUAGAUUAAUGAGAACGACAUUAGCGAGGGUCGUUAUUAUAAAUACAUUUUUGGGGGGGGGGGAGAGAAAAAAAUGUGUCCAUCACUUCCUCGCGACGUGAGCGGCCGUCACCGCUGGCCGUGACUUGCAACGUGGACCAAUCGGCGCGCAGCUUCCUUCUUGCGAAACUUUGAAUGGCCUUGGUCUUGGUUGUUGCGGUGGAUCGGGCAGCUUUUCCGUGCAAGUCGUUUUAUUCUCAAAAAUACAGAUACGUCGACAGUGAAGAGCAAUAAUGAAAGCCCUGAUCCUGGUGGGUGGGUAUGGCACCAGGCUGCGACCCCUCACACUCAGCCUCCCCAAACCGCUGGUGGAUUUCUGCAACAAGCCCAUCCUGUUCCACCAGGUGGAGGCACUCGUCAAGGCUGGCGUGAACCAUGUAAUCCUGGCGGUAAGUUACAUGUCCGAGUUGCUGGAAAAGGAACUCAAGCAAGAGGAAAAGAAGUUAGGGAUCAGAAUAUCUAUGUCCCAUGAGACUGAGCCGCUCGGUACAGCUGGGCCACUUGCCCUGGCACGAGACAUUCUUAAAGAAGACAACGAGCCCUUCUUUGUCCUCAACAGCGAUGUCAUCUGCGAGUUCCCCUUCGCGGACAUGAUCAAGUUUCACAAGCAAAACAACAGGGAGGGCACUAUUGUGGUUACCAAGGUAGAGGAGCCUUCCAAGUACGGCGUGGUGGUUUACAACUCCGAGGAUGGCAGGAUCCACCGCUUUGUUGAGAAGCCUCAAGUCUUUGUCUCCAACAAGAUUAACGCCGGCAUGUACAUCUUCAGCCCGCGCAUCCUUGACCGCAUCCAGCUUCGACCAACAUCCAUUGAGAAGGAAAUUUUUCCAGCAAUGGCUCAAGCAGGGGAGCUUUAUGCCCUGGAGCUGCAAGGCUUCUGGAUGGACAUUGGGCAGCCCAAGGACUUCCUCACGGGCAUGUGCCUCUAUCUGCACGCCGUGCGCCUCAAAGCCCCCGAGCGGCUCCAUCACGCGCCGGGGAUUCUGGGUAACGUCCUGGUGGACCCCAGUGCUAAAAUCGGCCAGAACUGCCGGAUUGGCCCCAACGUGGUGGUGGGGCCGGGCGUGGUGAUCGAGGACGGCGUGCGCAUCCAGCGCUGUACCGUGCUGCGUGACUCGCGCAUCAAGUCGCACUCGUGGCUCGACUCCUGCCUCAUCGGCUGGAGCUCUGUCGUCGGGCAGUGGGUGAGGAUGGAGAACGUGACGGUGCUCGGCGAGGACGUGAUCGUGAAUGACGAGCUGUACCUGAACGGAGCGAGCGUGCUGCCCCACAAGGCCAUCGCCGACUCCGUUCCUGAGCCCAAGAUCAUCAUGUAGCGCUCGCUCCGUCUCGUGAGAAACACGGGGAUAGCGAGAAGGCCCUGUCCGUGCCGCGCUUUCCGUCUCGUCUCGAGUCGUUUCUCUUUUUAUUUACGAAAGGUCAAUUGGCUUAUGGGCUGCUCUUGACAUAUAUAAAAUAUGUGCACACCGACGCAAGUGCGUAAACUCCUGGGAGCUGACAAUUGUCACCCCCCCCCCCUUGACACAAGGGUGGACACCAUCCAUCUUUCGAUCCUACGUGCGUUUUCAAGGAAAACCAGAUGGCCCGGUAGGGAUGUUUCUCGUUUACUGUGACGCAUGCACCCAGCUGAGAAGUCGCCCAAUGAUGGCGAUAAAAAACUUGUAACAUAUUGUAAAAUGUCUAUCGGAAACAUCACGUUGUUGCUGUUGUUGUGGACGGCUGUGAACAUUUUGAAAGAAGAAAACUGCUGCAAGUCGAGAUCGGUUCUUCUAAUGUGUAAAAGUUAGGUCUGUUUUCAAAUUUUGAAGUGCAACACUAGGUUGUUUAGGGUCUCUCCAACCGAGGGCGA